UAUAGAUAGAGUAGAGGCGAUAGAGCAAUUCACGUGCAGCGGUAACCUAAAACAUUUUUUAAUUACUGUUUUUUUCUUAUUAAAUUAGGUUAUUUCUGACCAUAUCGUUAAAUCAGAUAAGACGUAGAAUGGUUUCUGUAAAGCAACCUUUACCUAAAAUGCAUUCUGAGAAGAUGAAAAAAAAUAAAAUUAGUAAACCAAAGAAAACCCCACUCAUCCCUAAAAAGAAAAUAAUACCCUUGCCACAACAAACGAAAAUUCAACAAAGAAUUGUGGAUAUCAAGAAAUCAGAAAAUGAACCUAAACUUGUUGAAAAAAAAGUGAAAUUCGUUAUGCCGUCUAAAUACAUCUCUGACAAGUUGGCAGAACAGUGUUUACAAGCUUUAGACAAAUUGUCUGCCGCCACUAAAAAUAAGAAUACACUAUUUAAUGAAGAAACGCAAAUAUUUGCUGAAAUCAAGUGCAUCAAAAUUCAGAAUACCAGAGGAAAUAUCAAAAUUGUGCUUCCUCACAGUACUGCUGCAUCAACUGGUGAAGUAUGCUUGAUAGUUCCUGACUUGAAAAAAGGCAAAAAGCCUGAUCAUGAACCUACAAUAGAUCAUUGGGAAGAAAUAUUGAAGAAAGCAAACGUUACUGCUGUUAAAACAAUACUACCUAUGAGACAACUGAGAGUUGAAUAUGACCAGUUUGAGUUAAAACGCAGACUGAUGACUCAACACGACUUUCUUAUGGUGGAUACCCGGGUCCUCAACCAUGUAUCUCAUGUAUUGGGGAAAAUGUUUUUCAAAAAACAUAACAUGCUGAUACCAGUCAGAAUUAAUGGAAAAGGAGAUAUAAAGAAGGACAUCGAUAUUGGCUUGCGGUCUGUUAUGCUACGUAUGAAUGAAGGACAUACAUCUACUAUUGUGGUAGGACACACAGGCAUGCCACAAAAUGAACUAAAGGAGAAUGUUAUGUCGUUGGUAAAUAGUCUGCGAGAAAAAUACCCUGGCGGUGAAGCAAAUAUACGUUCACUCUCUUUGAAGUUGCCCUUAUCCCUGUCCAUACCCCUGUAUGUAACCCUGAGAUCAUCAAAUUCAGUAAACCCACCAAGACUGGUACACAAAAAGCCCAAACAUUUCUCAGAGGUAGAAGAUGAACUCUCAACAAUUCCUGGCAGUAGAGUUAGAGUCGCUCCUGAUGGCACUGUACAUGUGAUUAAAUCAAAAGAUGGGAAUGAGUCUAAUAACUCAGGAGAGGAAAGUGAAAAAGACAACAUGACAGAGUCCGAAGCAGAAGAAGAAUGACUAUGUGAUAUAAUUAAAAAAUGUGUUUCUGAUUUCAAUAAAAAAAUAUCUAUUAUGUAAG